GCAAAGGCGACACUACCAAGUGUGAUAUCUACGGACGGGGCACCUCAUAUAAUUCCGAUUGAACAUCACAGGUAAGUUCGUUUAAUCGGUUAAUCAAUAGGUCUGUUUCAGCAGAAAUCACAAACCAGUCCAGUCAGAGCGAAUUUAAUUGGUUGGAAAUUUACUCUGACUGGUUUAUGAUUUCUGCAGAAACAGACCUAUUGACAUCACAUUUACAGUUCACUAUCAGGUUUGUUCCAACCCCAUGUUUUAGAACGGUUCUAGAACCAUUCUGGAAUCAUUAGGACUAGUUUUAUCCGCAUGCGUCAGCUCGGCACUGUUUUGGAACGAUUCUAGAUUGGAGGUUGGUUGGAACGGAUUCGGGACGGUUUUUGAUCUGUCUUGCCCAUUUGGUUUUGCUUGGUCAAAAUAACCUCACUUUUUGUUUGAUGUAAAAUGUAAACAAAUAAAUGAAAUCCAUUAUUUAGUUUUUUUGUGUAAGCCACAAGAAUCAAAAUAAUUACAAAUUAUUAAGUUAAAAACUGGAGAAAGUUGUAAGACUGCAUCAGUAAAUAAUGGACACAAACGAAAAUAUAUUUGACUGGCAAGAAUAUAUUAUAUUGAAUACGGACAAUGUAAGCUUCCCAAGCACUUCAGCAGCUUGUGAUUUAUUACCUAGCACUUCAGGUACAGCCUCGGGUACAGCAGCUACUAGAAAAUUAGACCACAAAUGGACACAAAACGAAACAAAAAUCCUAAUAGACCUGUAUGGCAAAUUAAAAAACAAAGUGGGCACAUUCCAAAUUAAAAAUAUUAAGAUGUUGUGGGAGAAAAUUGCUAAUGAAUUAGCAAAAUUACAUAUAAUUGUAACACCAAAUAACUGCCUUAAUAGGUGGAAGGUAUUGGAGAGAAAUUUCAAAAAAUUUGUGGACAAUCAAAAUAAAACUGGCAGAGGACGUAAGUACUUUGAGUAUGAGGCUGAGAUGAGCGAGAUUUUUGGCAAAAAAAAAAUAUAAAUCCAGAAGUACUUCUAAGUACAGAAACAAAAGAUCUUUUACUAGAAGAUGUCCAAGAAAACAUUGAGGAAAAUGUUGCCAAAGAUAUUUGUGAAGAGGAUUUAGAAAAUCAAAGACCGACAAAAAAAUGUAAAUCCUCAGUUAAAGUCGAAGUGGUUAAAAAAAAAAUUACAACCAUGGAAAAAAUUCGGUUGGAUCGAAAAGAAUAUUAUAACGCCAAAUUAAAUAUUGAAGAACAAAAGUUGGUAGAAAUUAAAAGAAGAAAUGAUUUAAUUGAACAGAGAAAUUUAUUAUUCAAAGAAAAAAACCAGAUUUUAAGGGAAAAAAAGGCAUGCAAUCAUUGUAAUGUUUAAUAUUUAUAUUUAUAUAUAAUUUAUUAAUAUUAUUUAUUUAUUAUAUAAAUCUAUCAACUAUAAUUUUUUGGAGAAUAUAUAUUUUUUUGUUUAGUUUUUUGGAGAAUGUAUUUUUUUUGUUUAGUUUUUUUUUGGAGGAUGUAUAUUUUUUUGUUAUUAAAUUUAAAUCACAAUUACCUACCCCUUUGUUUUCAAAUUAUUAAAUACACUUCUUUGAGACCUUCUACUAAACCUGUUAGUGUUUAGUGGAAGGGCUGUAUUUGAAUCCAUUUAAGUAAGAUUGUUCUCUUGGGAUUUUUCCUUUUUCAAUUAUUUCAUUUUCUUUGUAUUUCAUAUUUUACCUGGUAUAUCAAAGUCUAAAAUAUAUGAAAUAAUAAGUUUUAUUUGUGAAUUUUUAUUCUCAAAAUACAAAAUAUUCAACUUAGAUAAUAAUCUUAAUUGGGACUAUUUAUAGUGGUAGAUUAUUGGCUAUCCUAUCCCGCACUGCACGAGCUUCUCCAUCUUCAACUUCAUCGUCAGGAUCAUAAUCUUCAUUUUGAAGUACCUGUUGAUUUUGAUUAAGUUGGGGUUGGAAUUCCUCAUUGUUAAUUUCAAAAUUGUCCUCAAGGGCUAUGUUAUGAAGAACACAUGCUGCUCUAAUUAAAUGAACAAUUGUUC